AUGCGCCCGGCCUCUAGCCGAGUCCUGCUGCGCACCGCGCGCCGACCGCUUUCCGUCCCUCUUCUCCGUGCGCCCGUUGCAGCCCCUCCCUCUCCGGCACCAUUGCUGGCGGCUCUGCAGACGCGUUCUUUCUUCGGUCUGUUCGGCAAGAAGAAGAAGACCUCCGGACAAUUCGAAUUCGUACCCGAGCCGACCGUAAUCUUGGAGCAGGACGACCUGUUCCACCCGCUCUCCAAGUCGCCGUUCAAGGAACUGCGGGAAAAGGGCGAGCGCAUCAGCACCUAUGCCAUCUGUCCCGUGAGCUACGAAAAGCACCACGAGACAAAGGCGGUCAAAUACGAGUGCCCGGACUGCGGAUUCCCGACGCACGCGAGCCGCGAGCGCUGGGAGGAGGGCCACGAGGAGCACGCCGAGUCGUGUCCUCGUCUCCGCGAGGUCAACGAGGACGAGCACGACCUGCGUUCGGGUCGGCGUGUCGUUGAGUACGAGAAUAUGCCUAGCAUCCAGCCUUACGAGCAGGCAGUCAACCUGCAGACGUGGGACACGUUCUUCUUCACGCGCGGCUUCGUGUCGAUCAACUCUCAGCGCGCGAUGCGCCACGUCUCCAAGCUCCUUACAUACCCGAUUACGGUCAUGUCGGUGCUGCACCAGAACGGACCCUUCACUGCUGGCAACGGGCGUAUCACGUCUGAGGGCCGACGGUCCAUGGCUGCCAUCCACUCGAUCCUGCACCCGCCUCCCGGUACGUCGACCGAGGACAUUGACAUCCGACCGAUGGCGCCGUUCCGUGUUUUCCUGCUCGGCGCUCGUGGCGAGUCGACCCUCCCCGCCGAUAUCUGGCUGCAGCUCUCCAACGUGUUCCCCCGCACCCCGUUCAACAUCUACUUUAUUGGUCCGGAGGCUGGCAUCCCGCUCGUCAAGGGCUCGCAGCGCCAGCACCUCAAGAUGUCCGAGGAUGGGUCCAAGUAUGGUGUGCCGAGCUGCACGGUCAACGUGACGCCUCAGCUGCGCCUCAUCUCCCUCAAGGCACCCUACGAGGCCGUGCACAACCAGCUUGGCCCCUUCGAUCCGUACCAGGACGUGUUCUUUGCCUUCUCGCCCGGACUCGGCUUCCCCGACCAGAGCCUGCUCGACCCCAACAACCCGACGCCUGAUGUCAAGGACGGCGAGCAGCCGCUCGUCCAGGCUCAGACGAGCUGGAAGUCGACGCUCCAGAGCAUCCUCGAGACCAAGUGCGGCCUUUUCUUCACGGCCUUCUCGCCGACCGACCUCGCCCGCGACGUCUCGGCCAUCUUUGGUACCCAGCCGCCCACCUCGGCACCGGGCCAGCCGUCAGAGUACCCCUCCAACGUGCAGCUGCCGACCAAGCCGAUCCCGCCUAUCGAGGGCGUGAGCGACGAGUUUGAGCUCAUCCUCACCCCGGGCACUAACCCGUUCGCUUCGCGCAAGUGGGAGAUUGCCGACUGGGACACGCGCGUCGCCGUCAAGACCAACUGGGGCAUCUGGGGCAUCCGCGGCAAGAAGUACGAGGUCGUCGACGCCGAGGACGAGAGGGCGUAG